CCUAGCCUCCUUUAACAUUUUCCCCUUGGUUCAGGUUCCCCAAGUUUCCACUUCAACCACCGCAAGCAAAACCAUACUCGAUUUGAGUCGUUGCUCGACGUUUGGUGCCUUCGACCUAUUCCUGCCGUAUCUCCUCAGCUUCACCUUAACUUCGCGAAUCCAAUCUUCAAGAUGUCGUCCAUGGGCAAGAUGAUCCGUCGAAAGAAGAAUGUCAAGAAGGGUAUUCAGUUCUGUCUGAUGGUCUGCGGUGCUUCAGGCACUGGCCGUACCACAUUUGUCAACACACUCUGCGGAAAGAGCGUUCUCGAUCACAAGGAGUCCGACGAUGCUGGCAGCGCCCACGUUGAGGAUGGUGUCAAGAUCAAGCCCAUCACUGUCGAGCUCGAGCUUGACGAGGAGGGUACUCGCAUCUCCCUCACAAUUGUCGAUACCCCCGGCUUCGGUGACCAGAUUGACAACGAGGCUAGCUUCUCAGAGAUCGUCGGCUACCUCGAGAGACAAUAUGAUGAUAUUCUUGCCGAGGAGUCUCGUAUCAAGCGUAACCCCCGCUUCAGAGACAACCGAGUCCAUGCUAUGCUUUACUUUAUCACUCCCACUGGUCAUGGCCUCCGAGAACUCGACAUCGAGCUCAUGAAGCGCCUCGCUCCUCGUGUCAACGUUAUCCCCGUUAUUGGUCGCGCCGAUUCGCUCACCCCCGCCGAGCUCGCCGAGUCCAAGAAGCUGGUUAUGGAGGACAUCGAGCACUACCGCAUUCCCGUCUACAACUUCCCCUACGACAUUGAGGAGGACGAUGAGGAUACCGUUGAGGAGAACGCUGAGCUCCGUGGCCUUAUGCCUUUCGCCAUCGUUGGAUCCGAGGAGGUUGUUGAGAUUGGUGGCCGCAAGGUUCGCGCUCGUCAUUACCCCUGGGGUGUUGUCGAGGUUGAUAACCCUCGUCACUCCGACUUCCUUGCUAUUCGAUCUGCCCUGCUUCACAGCCACUUGGCUGAUUUGAAGGAAAUCACCCACGACUUCUUGUACGAGAACUACCGUACCGAGAAGCUGUCUAAGAGCGUUGAGGGUGCUUCCGGAAAUGCCGAUAGCUCAAUGAACCCUGAGGACCUUGCCUCUCAGUCAGUUCGCCUCAAGGAAGAGCAGCUCCGACGAGAGGAGGAGAAGCUGCGCGAGAUCGAACUCAAGGUGCAGCGCGAGAUCAACGAAAAGCGACAAGAGCUAUUGGCCCGCGAGUCCCAGCUCCGAGAGAUCGAGGCCCGCAUGCAACGAGAGGCUGCUUCUCAGGCCACUGGCACACCUGAGCCCAAUGGCGAGGAGCCACUCAACUAGACCUAUCACUUCACAUUUUAGGUCUUUUGCGGUGUUUCAAAAAUGCGACGUUGGACUAUUGUCUAUUGCUGGCGUUGGUUUUUCCUCUCCCACGACUGAAGAGAAAGAUGAGAAUAUUCCCCCUGCUGCUGAACAAUUGAGUUGUCGUUUUCUUUUUUCUUCGCCGCCCUCCUUCACUC